AUUUGAGGGCUGAAAUGGAAGAAAUAGGUGUUAUUGUACCUAAACCGACUCCGAUAACUUCGGAGAAGUCAUUUGACAAGCUAGACAAGCUCGACCAGAAUGAUUUGUAUACUAUGUACAAAAAACUACAGCAACAAUUAGAGUUUCUCAAUGUGCAGGAGGAGUAUAUAAAAGACGAGCAGAAGAACUUGAAGAGAGAAUACAAGCGAGCUCAGGAAGAAGUGAAGCGUAUCCAGUCAGUACCACUUGUUAUAGGACAGUUUCUGGAGGCUGUGGAUCAAAACACGGCUAUUGUGGGUGCUACUACUGGCAGUAACCAAUAUGUCAGGAUACUGAGUACCCUUGACAGGGAGCUCUUGAAACCGUCAGCAUCAGUCGCACUACACAAACACUCCAACGCGCUGGUAGACAUACUGCCCCCUGAAGCGGACAGUAGUAUUGCUAUGUUGCAAGCUCACGAGAAACCUGAUGUCGCUUACUCAGAUAUCGGAGGUAUGGACAUACAGAAGCAAGAAAUAAGAGAGGCGGUGGAGUUACCACUAACACACUUCGAACUCUACAAACAAAUAGGUAUCGACCCCCCACGUGGUGUACUGAUGCACGGUCCCCCGGGUUGUGGCAAAACUAUGUUAGCUAAAGCAGUCGCUCACCACACUACUGCUGCCUUUAUCAGGGUUGUUGGUUCUGAAUUUGUGCAGAAAUACCUAGGAGAAGGUCCCCGAAUGGUGCGUGAUGUCUUUAGACUAGCCAAAGAGAACGCCCCUGCCAUUAUAUUUAUCGACGAGAUUGACGCUAUUGCAACCAAGAGAUUUGAUGCUCAGACCGGUGCUGAUCGUGAGGUUCAGAGGAUUCUGCUCGAGCUAUUGAAUCAGAUGGACGGUUUCGACCAGAAUGUUAACGUCAAGGUAAUCAUGGCUACGAACAGAGCAGACACGUUGGAUCCAGCGCUCUUGAGGCCCGGCAGAUUGGACCGAAAGAUUGAGUUCCCCCUUCCCGACAGACGACAAAAGAGAUUGGUGUUCAGUACGAUUACUGGUCAGAUGAACCUGUCGGAUGAGGUGGAUUUAGAAGAUUACGUUGCGAGGCCUGACAAGAUCUCGGGUGCUGACAUUAACUCAAUCUGCCAAGAGGCCGGCAUGCAGGCUGUCCGUGAGAAUAGGUACGUCGUCUUACCAAAAGACUUUGAGAAAGCUUACAAAAAUGUCAUAAGAAAAGAUGAACAAGAAUGCGACUUUUAUAAAUAGCUCUUUUGAGCCCCAAUGGACAGACCACUUAUACUGUUCUCUUUAUUUGUAGUCUAUAUUUAGUCACCGGUUGACUUGAAAUUUCUGCCGAACAUUGCAUUAAACGUUCCUUUCACUCCGUUUUGGGAUUAGAACUAACCGGCAGCUUUUCGAAAUAAUUUGUAUAUUGUACUUUACAAGCAUUGUUAUUGUAAUAACUAUGUAUUAGAGAUUGAAAUCCUCAAA